AUGAAUAGCAAUAGUGAUGAUAGUAUUAUUAACAAUAAUGGAAUCAAUCAAGAAGCAGCGAGAAAUUAUAAUCCACAAAACCCAACACAAUUAUAUCAAGAUCUAAACUCAGUUUCCAAUCUUUAUCCCAACAGUCCAAAUCCAACUCCCAAUUUUUAUCCCAAUAAUCCAAACCCACCUCCUGCAUCAUUGUAUCAAAAUCGUCAAUUAAAUACUUCAGAUAGACAACUUUUACCACCUAAAAGACAUAAUACUUUAUCAUCAACAUCUCAUAAUCAAAAUUCUUAUUUGUCAAUUAAUUCUUCCAGAAUACAGCAA